CAGCUCCCCUGCUACCAGCCCCAAACCCCUCCCCUCUUGAGGUGUGAAUGUGCCAUUUGGGGUCUCACUUCAAAGAGCCUUGGCGGAAUCAUAAAUACAAGCCCCCAACCAGGGGCGCUUUAGGAAAGAGAGGGUUUUGAGGUGGACACAUCCCAGACUUGCUUCAAGAGACCAAGCCAAGGAGACCUAGCUCCCAGCUCCUACCUUUCUACCUCUGAGCCCUCCCUCCCUCCCUUCCUUCUCUUCCCAAAUCACCCCCGACUUUGCUCCCCAAACCAACCUUCCAGCCUCUAGGACUUCUCCUCUACCCCCACCCUCAAGGCAGGAGCCCUGGCUUCCAGCCUCACCUGUUCCCAUCCACAAGACCCCCACUCCCUUCCCAGGGAAGCCAGUCCUGGCCUCCAGGCUUCUGUCCAUCCCUCAUGUACCACCCAUCAGAGAUAUUCCCCCAGUAUGGGAGCUCCUAUGCUCUGCGACCACCACCCCCUCCCGGAGCUGCUUAUUCCCAGAGUCAGGCAUCCCAAUAUGAAGCCUUCAGAUACUCAGAGCUGGAAGCUGCUCCCAAAUUGGAAGGUUUCUUCCCAGGUUUGGACCCUCCUGGGCGCCUCCUGCCCCCAACCCCUGGUCUCCCUUAUGGGUCACCUCAGACACUCCCAACAGCCCCCCCAACAACUGCACAGCUACCCCCUGGAGUACGGAUGAGCCUGGAGAACAGUGAGCUUUGGAAGCGUUUCAGUGGCAUUGGCACUGAGAUGAUCAUCACCAAAGCAGGCAGGCGGAUGUUUCCACAGCUAAAAGUUUCGGUUACAGGCCUGGAUCCUGAAGCUAAGUACCUACUGUUGGUGGAUGUCGUCCCUGUAGGAGGCUCCCGCUACAAGUGGCAUGGCAAAAAGUGGGAAGCCAGUGGCAAGGCAGAAUUACCACCUCCAGACCGGGUUUACAUCCAUCCUGACUCACCUGCAUCAGGUGCCCACUGGAUGCGCCAACCUGUAUCUUUCCAUCGGCUCAAGCUGACCAACAAUACCCUGGAUCCUCAUGGACAUUUGAUUGUUCAUUCCAUGCACCGUUACCAGCCCAGAGUACAUGUGGUGGGAGCUGGAGGGCGCCGCGGAGCAGGGAGUGGCUGUGGUUCCUUCACCUUUCCUGAGACACAGUUUCUGACUGUCACAGCCUACCAGAACCCACAGAUCACCCAGAUGAAGAUAGAAAGCAACCCUUUUGCAAAGGGCUUCCGAGAAAAUGGCAUGAACAGCAAAAGGGAGCGUGAGGCCCGAAUCAAAAGGAAGAUGAAGAGCAAUGAAUGCGAAGCAAACCAGGGUGAAAGCGAGAGCAAGAAAGGACCUUGCGACUCCACCCUGACAGAAGAGGGGCCUCUGGAACAACAGCCACCUCCUGCACUUCCACAGCCUUCCUGUUCCUUCUACCCCCCUGCAGGAAUUAAUCUCAAUGGGGCCGAGGCUUAUGUACAACAUCCAGCUGCUUUUCAUGGAUUAAGGGGGCCAGCAUCUCCUUAUGGCAGCCCAAGCCAAGAAAUAGCAGCUCCUCCAUCUUCUCCCCCUACCAAGUCUCCUCCUGAGCAAACGGAUUUCAGAGCAAUGCUCCCAGUGAGCUGGACCAGCCUGGAAACGGUUCCUUUCCUUGCAAGUGCAGAACCACCAGAAGCUUCCUCGUUCUCUCCUUUCAAGUUCAGUUUUGCACCCUACCCGCCUCCACCUCUUGUCUAUGGACCUCCCUCUGGCUACCCUGGUUCACAGCCAUCGAUGCUUUAACCCCUGCACAACCUGGAUACCUGCAUUUGAUUUGCUUCUGCUUGCAUAAUUUCAUGGUGUUUUCCUUUUCCAUUUAAGGAAGUAGAGUUUGAUUAUAUUCUCAUAGUUUAUAAUUAAAUCCCAAAAGGCUGACUGUACGUUUUUUCCCCCACAGUGAAUAGAAGGAAGCUGAGAUGCUCACAUUCAAACCUUCUUUUUCAAUUAUUUCUGAGUAGAAGAUUUCUAUUCAAUAUCCUAAGUGGUAGCUAUGCUUCAGCUAUUCCUUUUAAAAAAUCUUACAAAGACAGAGUAACAUACAGGUUUUUACAUAUGCCUGCACAUGUCAUUUUAGCAUUGAUAUUGGUACAUACGGUGUGGCAGCACCAUAGAAACUAGCAACUUGCUUAUGUUUUUUUAUAAAAUGUAUUUUUAUUAGAUGUUAAAACUAAAUCCCAUAGCAAGCAGAACCCAUUUGGCUUGAUGAGAGGAUGCAAAUUCCCUAUUUUCAUCUGCAACCACAGUACUGUAUUAAAAUCAUCUUCCUUUCUCUGCCACUACCAAAUUAAUUAGGAAAUUAAGAAAAGAAUAUGUAAGAAAAGACAUAUUUUGCAAAUGUUUCUGUAGCACUCGUUCAUAAGUGAUGUGGCAAUAAAAAUACACAAUGUACAAGA